AUGUUUUCACGAUGGUCUUCAUUAUCCUCAACGAACCGCCACGGGGAAUCAUCAAAUCGCCAAAAAGAAGAGCGCAGGCAUCGCUCCAAACACCACGAUUCCACCCAGAAAAAAAGAAGAAGGAUAUACCUCGUUGACCUCGACGAUUCUACAACAAAUCGGGGGGUUCUCAAUAUCAGCAUCAAGGAGUCGUGGGGGUUAGAUCAUGUCGCAGACACGCUGAAGAGACAGUAUCUGGAUAAGGGUCUGGAUAAGGGAGGCCGAACACAAAAAGAAGCGGAAAUCCAAUUCUUUUUAAAUGGCAAGAGGCUAAAUGAGACUAAAAUCCCCGAUGAAGCAUCAUCUCUGCAGUACCGGAUAUUAGAAGAGGGGGACAACGGUGCGCUCAGGGUAUCCUGGAAAGCCGGCAAAGCAAAGCUUCGGAAACACCAAAUAGAAACAAUCACGAAGGAAAUUGAAGCGGGACGCUCGAUAGGUAGUCUACGAGAGACCAUCGCAAACUUAAUAAGGCCCGCUAGCGAAAGCAAGGGCCAUCCGGUGGGAAAUGCGAAUCAAAUCGUGAUCAAAGCGGUCGGAGGCUUACGUGAAGGGUCUUUGCAAGGAAACAGCUGGGAGGCGCGCAAGGUGCAGAGAUGGCUUUGUCGCCACUUAGUUAUCGAUUUAGUAUCAGCCGACUCCUACUUCGUCUUACGGGGCUUUAAUGAGGAGUACAUAUGUCAAAAGCCGUAUUGCACUCCCCAUGGCUACGCGGAUACGCAGAAGAUCAAGCAGUGGCUAAGAGACAAAGUGAUGUCGCCGAUCUGUCCUCGUAUAUCGCGCCAUCGUCCCAUCGACGUCGAAGACAUCAAGUUCUCAUAUCGCGGCAAGCCGGUUAAAAGGCGCAACCAUAUCCGACCCGGCGAAACUAUCGACUUCGAUGUGCCCCGUGUUGUGGAGGACAAAUUUGUUGCGGCGGAGGCAUGGCUGGUUCCCCUGACGGAUACGUGCAUCGUAUGCAGCGACGACAAAAGAGUCUCCGAAAUGCCUAACAGGCGUAAAAUCACAGCAUCCUGCGAACACGACUCCACAAUAUGCAAGGAAUGCGUCGGCGCAUGGAUAGCCUCAAGCAUGGACACAGUAACCUGGGACCGUCUAAAAUGCCCCGAAUGCCCGCAACUCCUCAAAUACGAAAACGUGCGCGCCUUCGCAACAAAAGACGUAUUCGAGCGAUACGACAACCUAGCCGUAAAAGCCUUUCUCUCCAACCUCCACGACUUCUUCUGGUGUCUCAACCCCCGCUGCAACUCAGGCCAAAUCUACCCAACAGGCUGCGAGAAAGGCAAAUGCGACGCAUGCAAGCACUCCAUAUGCGUGCGGCACAACGUCCCCUGGCACCGCGGCGAAACCUGCGAAGACUACGAGCGGCGCACGCGCAAGCAGCGCAAGAACGACAAGGCGUCCGAGAAGCACGUCAAGGAGAUCACCAAGCCCUGCCCGGGAUGCAACCGGAAUGUCCACAAGUACACCGGGUGUGAUCAUGUGACAUGCAUCUGCGGCCACGAGUGGUGCUGGCUCUGCUUCGGACAGUACUACCGCGACGAGCAAGACUUCCUGCAAUGCCACCACACGCAGGAGUGUCGGUACCACGACAACCCGCCAAACUACGAAGGCGGCCGGGCCUUCAUGCCCUUCCUGAACAUGGCGCACCCGCCCGCUCCACCACCUCUAUUCCCACCACGACGAGCCCAAGAGCGGAGACCACCGCCUCCGGUCCCGGUUCCGGUCCCGGGGAAUAUCCCGCUGCGACCGCGUCCGAACGCGCUGGACGGCGAGUUUGCGGAGAUUUUUAGACGCCAUAUGGGCAGGAAUCCGUGGAAUCCGUUCGAUCCGAAUAUUAAUAUCAAUUUGGUGCGCCCGCAUGCACAUGAUCCCGUUGGUCCGGAUUUCUUUGAGGAUGCGAUGUUUUUUAACCUGGGGCAUUUGAUGCGCAGGGCGGGGCGGGAGAGGUUGGUUAGGGAAUGA